CUGUGUCGUGUAAAAAAACCUUCUUUGACAACUUACCACAUACCUAGCCUCUCUUUCUCUCGGUCUGAAACACAAAACAACCCCAAAUCAAACGCAACUGAAGUUCUGCCGAGACCCACAAGCUGCCACCUCCUCCACGGGAUCAAUAGCCACCACCAGCAACAUUUAUUCUUAAAGGAAGGGACGAAAGCUAGUAUACUAAUAAGGAAAGAUAAUUAUAUUAAAUUAUGGCGUCUUCGACUAUGGGAUCCAAGUCAUUGAAAGAAUAUUUGAAAAAAUAUGGAAGUGACAAUCAAGAAGAAGAGAAGAAAGUGAAAAAGAAGAAGAAGAAAGUUAAACCGAAUGCCUCUGGUGUUUUAGUUGUGGAUGAAGACCCUGUUUGGCAAAAGCCAGUGAAGCUUGAAGAGGAGGAAAAUGAUUCAGCUGAUGACGAGAAUCCUCAAGUUGAUGAAGACAUAGAAGUUAAACGAAUGAAGAGGCUGGAGCUAAUUAGAGCUCGACGUGCUUACAAUGCAAUUGCUGAGGAUGGAAGUGGUUGGGUUAUAUUACCUCCUAACCAUGCCAAUUCUGCUGAUCCUUACCCUGAUAUGUCCCCUCUUCAUAAAAGGAAGGUUCGGAAUGACACACCCUCACCUGAGCAUGAAGGGAAGCCUUUGCAUAAUGGUGGAGAUGAUGCAGAUUUGUCUCCUCCACGGCAACAACAGAGACAGCACCAUAGUCCAUCACCUGCUCCUGAUACAAAUUUGAAUUCAGAUCUGUCGCCACCCCGUAAUAGAAGGUAUCGAAAUGAUACACCAUCUCCUGAGCCGCGGUUGAAGCCUUCAAGAGAAGCUAGUGAUUUGUCACCACCACGAAGGCAGCAAAAACACCAUCAUUCUCCAUCACCCAAGCCCUAUACAAAGUCUAAACACACCAGUGUUCUGAAUUCUGAUUUGUCACCACCACGAAGACGGAGGACUGAUACUGAAUCACCUAAAUUGAAGCCUUUGAAAGAAGAUACUGAUUUGUCUCCUCCAAGACAACAGCGGCGACGACACUAUACUCCAUCACCAAAACCCGAGCCAGAUCUUUCACCCCCAAGGAAAAGAAAGAAGGAUGUUGGGAGAUCAGGAUUGCCUGAUAAUUCUCAUUUAUCACUACAGCUUUCAACUCAGAGUGGUAAUUCACGUGCAUCCAUGGCUCAAGACAUUUCUCCACCAAGGAAAAACAGGAAAGAAUCAUCUGAUCCAGUUUCUUCAAAGGAACCGCCAAAAACUGGUCUGAUCACUGGUCGUGAUAUGCGGGAAGAAAUUAAAACUAAGAAGGAAGCGUCAUUGUUGUUUGACAAGAUGGAUCCUUCUAUAAGUGGACGGGGUGUUGAACCUGUAUACCGUGAUAAGAAAACAGGAGAGCGCAUAUCAAAGGAUGAUUACUUGAAAUCAAAACAAAAAGUAGAGGAAAAACCCAAGGAAAAGAAGUUAGAGUGGGGAAAGGGCUUGGCUCAAAAGCGGGAAGUUGAAACUAGGCUGGAGGAGUUAGAGCUUGAGAAGGACAAGCCAUUUGCACGGACUAGGGAUGAUCCGGAACUUGACAAAAUGCUGAUGGAAAGAGUAAGAUGGGGCGAUCCUAUGGCACAUUUGGUCAAGAAAAAGCAUUCUGAACUGGAUCUUGCAGACCUAGGGGAUAGCGAGAAGAUGAAGGAAUCAGGAUUUAUAAUUCCCCAGGACAUACCUAGUCACAGCUGGAUAAAACGAGGAUUAGAUGCUGCUCCAAAUCGAUAUGGUAUAAGACCAGGAAGACAUUGGGAUGGGGUGGAUCGAAGUAAUGGAUAUGAGAAACAACUUGUCAAACGGGUGAAUGAGAAACAAGCUACAGAGAGGGAAGCCUAUCUUUGGUCUGUGUCUGAUAUGUAACUGCAAGUGUGUGAACUGGAGUGAGAUGUGUAUUCGAUUUUCAACAAAUGAUGCAAGGAGAUCAACCAACCACCAUCUUUUUGCAGUAUCUAUGUGAAGGUUCGUGUUCUCUAAUCUCAAGAGUUUGAAAAGCGCGAGGGUGCUUUCCAUCUCUGUCCACACUCGGAAAGAUAAAGCAUGUUGUGUUUGGUGGUCAUGAACUGAGUUGUAGUUGAAUUAGGUCCUCAGACCUUCAGCAGUGCUCAGCGUUCAGUGAUCAAUUGUGGCUUUGACGCAGGGGCGCUGCAUAAGGGCGGGAGGAGCCCACGACCCGUCCUCCCGAAGUUUAUUCUGAUCCCCAUAAUUAUGUAAAUUAUUCAAUUAUAUCCCAUAAAUUUUUAAAAUAGCCCCUUAAAUUUUUAUAUAAUGAGACUAGUUUACUAGCCGCUCUACAAUGCGGGGUUGAACUAAAAAAAAAUAUGUAAAAAACAUCUAGGCUUCCAAGAACUCUUUUGUAUUGUUAUUUAAUCUGCUUUAACAAGUUAAUAUUGAAACCUUCCAAGACAUGAAUUUUUGUUUA